AUGGAUGAAGUUGAGUCAAAUAUAUACAAAGCUGAUGAAUUCACACCUUUUAUUCCCAUGGAAGAAAUGGAGAAAUUUACAAUGAAAGAUAUUGGAGAAAUCGAUGAUAAAUUUCUUUUCCCCAUUAUUGAUGAGGAAGCAUAUACAGAGCCAGUAAAACCACAUUUAGAAAACGAAAUAUCCUCACAAUCAAAGAACAAUACAGUGGGAGAUACAAAGUAUGUGUAUCUCGAAGAAACUUCUCUCACAAUCCCACAUAAUGAUAAACUAGUGUCAUUAUCUGCCAUACAGCAACCACAAGAAGGUUUUCCACCCCCAGAUCUAGAUAACGAAUGGGUCAAAACAGAACAUGUGACAUUUUCGAUGUUAAGCAACAUAACUGACAUAAUAGAUAUAAGUAUAAACAAGCAUAUCCCGUUAAAUAAGCAAAUGUACUCAGCAACGGAAUCAAAUAAUGCAAGUACAAGUGAGAAUCAUGUUCUAUUGAUAGAUACUCCAGGCUGUAAGAUACCCAAACUAGAUCCCUGGGAUCCAUCUGUAAGACAUCUUAUUGAAUUUAAAGACCCAUAUAUCUGUCCUGGCCUUCCAGUAUUCAUGGAAUCCAAUCCUGGAGGUACAAUAACAAUUAACAAAUCUAUCUUGGAGAUGUAUUAUAACAUAACACCAGAAGAAUUGAUUUGCUACUAUCAACCAAUAAACAGAGUUCAUGCCAUAGAAGGAAUUUUUAGAGAAGUUUUUUACAUAUUGGGUGACGGGGUAAAGUUAGAAUUUGGGAUUCCUAUGAAAGAAGAUUUUGUUAAUGUUUCAUGCAAUAUAAAAGGGAGUAAAUAUGAGCAAUACAUAACUUUAGUGCCGCUGAAGGAAGCCGUGGAAGAAGAAAGAAAUUCUUUAAUUCCUCCAAACCCCACACUGAAUGUCAUUUUAAUCGGAAUUGAUUCAGUAUCAAAACUGAAUUUUUUGAGGCAUUUUCCAAAAACUCACGCAUUUCUUAGUGAAAAGUUAACGCCUUUUGAAAUGAAUGGCUACACUAAGGUAGCAGAUAACACAUUUCCAAAUAUAGUUCCAUUAUUGACUGGUCAAUUUGUUGAACAUUGGUGGAAUGAAACAUUAAUGGACACAAUGUACUUCGAUAACGUUAGUUUUAUUUGGAAAGAAUAUGCAAAGAGAGGAUAUAGAACUUUUUUUGCUGAAGAUUCUCCUCACAUAGGCAUAUUUAAUUUCUUUAAACGAGGGUUUUACAACCCUCCAACUGAUUAUUAUUUCCGUCCAAUGGCUCUAGCUUUGGAAAUGUGGAAAUCUACAUUGAAACAAACGAAUUAUUUUUGUUUGGAUUCACAAUUAGAAUUUGAUUUUAUUUUUGACUAUUUAAAGUUAUUUGCUAAAACAAUGGGAACAAGGCCAUACUUCGGAUUUACUAUGGUUUCCGCUAUAACUCAUGACGAUCUUAAUUAUGCUGGCUGGGCUGAUGAACCAACGGUGCGUUUAUUGGAGGGUUUGUUGAACACUGGUGCACUUAACAAUACACUUUUAGUCUUAUUCAGUGAUCACGGAUUGCGCUUCGGAAACAUUUGUCGCACGUAUGUUGGUAAAUUUGAAGAAAGAUUGCCACUAAUGUAUAUUCAUGCUCCUAAAUGGUUUUUAGAUCAGUACCCAGAAAUAGCCAAAAAUCUGCAAAUUAAUCAGAAUCGCCUGAUGACACUAUUCGAUGUACAUGCUACAAUGGUACAUAUGUUAGAUUUAGGCAAAUGUCAAGAAGAUAGAUCAAAGGUCACACUAGGAAAAAGUCUUUUUGAAGAAAUUUCGCCAUACAGGACCUGUGCAGAUGCUCAUAUAGAAUCUCAUUGGUGUCCGUGUCAAGAAUUUGAUAUUGUUGAUUUAGACAAUGCUGAAGUUAUAAAUGCAACUCAGGCAAUUGUGGACGACAUUAAUUCUAAAUUGCAACUUUAUGAUGGAAAAUGUGAGAUUUUGGAAGUGGAUACAAUUUCAGAUGCCAGAGUUGGCAAAGCUAAUGAAAGGGUGCUGAAGUACUGGAAAAUGGAAAAUGACGUUAUAAAUAGAACUCUUUGGAUGGUAGAAGGAGUUCCAUCCAUUGAUGAUUAUAUGAUAACACUCAUCACAAAACCUGGCGGUGGAGUAUUUGAAGGAACUGUUCGUCAUAAUCCAUAUGAUAAUAGUUAUAAUGUUCUAGGUGUCAAUCGAAUCAGUUUGUAUGGAAAUACAUCUUGGUGUAUCGACAGUCUAAAAAUGAAAAUAUUUUGUUAUUGUAAAAUGCAGCUGACGUAA